CGGUCAAACUACCAUUGCGCCGUCACUGCCACCGACGCACCGCAUACACGCAUAUUCGCGCUCCGCCGCCGUCGCAAGUUAACGAUACACGUACAUUCCCGUGACAUUUCGAACCACAGUUCUUACUAUACCGGAAUUGGCGCCGUCGCAAAAUAUGAUUUGACGUACUCAGAUAAUGGGAACAGGAGACCGAUUAUUGGAUAUCCCGUGCAAAGUUUGUGGGGAUAGAAGUUCUGGCAAACAUUACGGCAUUUACAGCUGUGACGGUUGUUCCGGGUUUUUCAAAAGGAGCAUCCACCGGAACCGGGUGUACACGUGCAAGGCACAAGGCGAACUCAAAGGCAGGUGCCCCAUUGACAAGACCCACAGAAACCAGUGUAGGGCUUGUCGACUCAACAAGUGUUUCCAGUCGGCAAUGAACAAGGACGCGGUGCAACACGAACGAGGACCACGUAAACCAAAGUUGCACCAUCACCACCACCAUCACCAUCACCACCCGAUGAAGGACUCACCGCAGCCCGCCGCCAACCACCAACGACAAUCCGGUCAAAUCCAGCUGAGCACCGACCAUAACAACUUGAUCCAAAAGACGUCUUCUUCGGCGUACCCGAAAACGCCUAUGGAUACAGCCCUGCCGCCAUUGCCGCCGGCGCCGCCGUCGCAGCAACACCUCCACCAUCAUCAACAACAGCAACAGCAGCUGCCACCACCUCCUCCGCAACAGCAGCCACCACCGCCGCCGCCUACGCUUCUGCCUCCCACGCCACCGCAAGGACACGUGUUCUUGGGGCAACAACAGCCGCCGCCGCCACCCGGGCUCUUACAGAUACUCAUGUCGGCCGAAAAAUGUCAGGAAUUGAUAUGGAGUGCAAAGAUGUCAGAAGCCUCGUCACCUAUUGGCAUACCGCAACCAACCAGUCCUCAGAGUUCACUCUCAUUGUCGUUGUCACCGACUUGGGAAGUCUUACAGGAGACCACAGCUCGAUUACUGUUCAUGGCAGUUAGAUGGGUUCGAUGCUUGGCUCCAUUUCAAACUCUUUCCAAACACGACCAGUUACUAUUGCUACAAGAAUCAUGGAAAGAAUUGUUUCUGUUACACUUGGCCCAGUGGUCCAUUCCUUGGGACUUAUCGCCACUAUUAAAUUCAGAUAAGGCUCGCGAAAGGCUACCACCGGACGACACUAAAGUCAACAACGAGAUGAAAAUCAUACAAGAGAUAUUGGCACGUUUUCGACAAUUAUCGCCGGAUGGUAGCGAAUGCGGUUGCAUGAAAGCGGUUAUUCUAUUCACACCAGAAACACCGGGCUUGAUCGACGCGCAACCGGUGGAAAUGCUUCAAGACCAGGCGCAGUGCAUAUUAGGCGAUUACGUGCGAGGCCGGUAUUCGAGACAGCCUACCCGAUUCGGUCGGUUGUUGCUCAUGUUACCCAAUCUCCGGGCAGUCCGGCAGGCGACUAUUGAGAGGCUGUUUUUCAAGGAGACUAUCGGUGACAUACCCAUACAAAGACUACUCGGUGACAUGUACCAUAUGGAAAAGUCGUACGCGUAGUGAACCAAACUUAAUAUAAAUCUGUAUAUAUGUGUAAUAUAUAAUACAGCUAAAUUUCCAUAUAACUAACUUCUAACUUCCAUUUAGCAAAAUUUUCUGUUAAACAAAAUGUCUUGAAAAAUCAAACCUAAUUAAUAUUUAAUUAAAUUUAAGGAUUUUUAUUGUUACUUGUGAGACUUUGACGACUUUGUAGUAUGGACAUUUCACUAUAUUAUAUAAUGCAUUAGUGCGUUAUACUAGCUUAACUAUUUAUGUGACUUUGUUUAUGAUGUAUAAUAUCAUAUAGUAUAGUAUUAAUAUAUAAUAAUUCCUGCAAGUCUAUAAACAAGAUCCGUACCUAUAUUAUAAUUAUAUACCUACUAUAUACAGGAAUAUUUUGUAAAUUUGUUUUUUUUUUUUACGUAAACUUACAUAUUUCAAUACAUUUAUUGGAAAUAUAUUUAUGUAUAGCAUUGCAGUAUACAUGGCUGUGCACUGUGAAGGAACAUAUAGCUGGCGAAUGUCAAACUCACAAAUUAUGUUUGUUAUGAAUAAUUUUGAAUUUUUAUUUUUCCGGAUUUCUAAAAUUCAUCAAUUUAAUAAUGAAAACACCGAAAUGACUUAAAUAUGAUUGCAUAUGUUAAUAAUUAAUAUAUAUAUAUAUAUAUAUAUAUUAUAUAUCAUCCGGAAUACCAUAAAAUAUUUCGUUUUUACCAUGAUAUACCGAUCAUACCGACAAACGGCAUUGUUUCAUCAAUCAAUUGUGACCAUCAUUGUAUCAAAAUAUACUGAAAUAUAAGUAUAAUCAAUACUUAUAUAUCUACCAAUCAUAGAUAUCACUUUAAAAUAAUUAAAUGUAAACAUAUGAUGAAAAUUGAAUACUUAUAUAUUAUACAUUUUUUUUGUCGUCAUAUUUUUUAAAAAAUAUACUUAUUUUGGUAUAC